CUUGCCUCUUGUCACUAUCUGUCGCGUCCGUCGUCGUCGUCUGCCACGACCUCGACGCUCAACAUCCCUCCGUCAGUAUUCUGUACAAGACGUUAUCAAUUUAUUCAGCUAGGCGAUUCGCAACCACGCUCUUUUCGACCCACCUAUUCUACUUUAUUCAACAUGUUUGCCGAUAAUGACUUCAGCGUGAACCAGUACAUCCCUACAAAAUUCACUCCUUCCCGCCAUCCUGGUCUUUGCUUCAACGACGGAAAUAUCGCUAUUCUCACUGGCCAAUACUACUUUCUCAUCCAUCAAGGAUUGCUCUGUCGCCAUUCUCCCGCUUUGGACUGUGCUAUCAAGGCUCUUGAUUCGACCUGUUCGUCAGCCCGUCUAGAAGGCCGCCCGGUCCUUCACCUCGACGACAGCCCAGACGAGAUGUAUCACUUCUUGUCCGCUCUGUAUGAUGGAGUAUCUCAUAUCAAGUAUACCAACAAGACAUUUUCGAAGGUUUCAUCGCUGCUUCGCCUUUGUACGCAUUACCAAGUUGGUCAUCUUCGCCAAGAACUGCUUCGAGGAUUAUCGGCUACCUGGCCUACAACACUUCAAGGCUGGGACGCUCGCGAAGCAGCUGCAACGAAUGUGGCAGGACUAUAUGAGCCGCGUGAGAAAUACCCACACCCUAUUCUUGUCAUCAACUUAUCUUGCGACAUAAGCGCACACGAGAUUUUACCAUCUGCGUUCUACGAUCUCUCUCGCUCUACUCCAAGCUCUAUCGUCGAAGGUUUCCGAACCUCUGGUGUUGGAUUCUCGUCGGUACAUGUACUAUCGAGUGACUGUCUAGUGAGCUUGCUGAAGGGAAGAGAACACGCAUCUCGGUUCUUAUCGACUUUCAUCGUCAAUCAGCUGGAAGGAAGAGCGCCCGCUUCCGAAUGCAUCCAUCGGCAACAGUUAGACAGCACACGCCAGCGCGUAUGUCAAGCGGUCUUCGAGGCGAUUACCUUUGAGAUGCUCCGUGAUGCCAAUGGUGUCGUUUGUCAUCGCAGUUCGGACCCGCUAUUUGCCAUCAUGGAUGCAGAGCUGAUACAGACAACUUACGACAGACAGAGCACCAACCUUCGCCCCUGUGAAUAUUGUAGGUCAGAGUUCAGUUCUAUAGUUGACGCGGCUAGGGCGGAGUUUUGGCGCUUACUGCCGGAAUGGUUUGGUAUUGACGUUCCUUCUUGGGGCUGACGAUAUAUCCUGUACUUUCAGCUAAAUACCAAUACCGUCUUACUGCUUUCGUCGAUUUCGGUGUGUCCUUGUAUAUGCGUGAUAUCAAAUUUAGCCUGAUUGUAUACCCUCGAUAGUCGCUGUGAUCAUUGAUCAGGG